AUGUUGCUGGGUGGUAUUGCGAAACUUGCUGCAGGUGUUGGCAACGACAACAUUACUUUCGUGGCCAUGCUCCCGAAUGUUGUUGCGCAUGUGACGCCUGCAAAGCCAGUUCUUCAUUUGUAUGGCAUGGGCAGGUUGUCCUUCUUUUCCUGGUCAGUUUUGGCUACUGGCUUCAACUACACAGUACUGGCCUGGGCCACCAUUGGCACUUUGCUAGCCAUUGGCUACACCGCUGGUCCUGCCCCUCUCAAAUACAUGGGCCUGGGUGAUCUGACUGUAUUUAUUUGCUUUGGGCCUGGAGUUGUUUCCUACUGCUCCGUCGUUUUGGUGGGCAGAGUUGUGUGGCCAGCUCUGCUGAUGACCGUUCCGGCAUCUUUGUAUGUCGUGGGCAUCUUGCAUGCAAACAACUACAGAGAUAUGGAAGUGGACAGACGAGGAGGCUCGAGAACUGUGGCCAUCCUGCUGGGCCCCAAGGCAUCGCUGGUGUACUACUAUGGCCUGCUGAUGGGAGCCCACGUGCUGGCACUCCUUUUGGGCGUGACAUUCGGGUGCCAUGGUGUGGCUGCAACCAUCUUUGUGCUUCCACAGUCGCUGUGGCUCUGUGUUCGUAUUCACAGACAAGAAUUGCUCCGUGAUCAGGAUGAGGAGACGGCAAAGUCGAUGAUGAUGUUCAGCGUGGCCCUCGCCCUCGGGAUCUUAACCAUGCCCGGCAACUUGUCUGUCCUGCCCAUGAUGGUAUGCGCGCUAGUCACCAUCGUCCUGAAGGUCUUCGCGGACUGA